AGACUAACGUCAUCUAACGCUUCUUUUCAUGACAACGGAACUUGCUAGCUAAUGAUAGUAAUUCUCUUCAUCUAAUCCCUGCUCGUGCUAACUGAUCUCGGUAGGAUAUGUAGCUAGCCAUGGAGCUAAUUACGUUAGCCUGGCAGUGUACCUCAUCUAACUAGCUAGUUCAGUCCGACAAGUUACAUCGCAGCUUGUUUGCUGUUGGUCAAGACCAGUGACAUACGGUCAUCGGUCAGGACACUGGUUGGGAAUGAGACGCCUGCUCAGCGUGGCCAUUAGCGUCCCUAAAAUGUGGCUGGCCGUGUCCCCGCUUAAGAUGAAAAACACAUGUCUUCUGAUGUGUACCUCGUCUCUCCAGGGAGACAGCACUUGCAAUGGGACCCACACCAAAAAGGCGUUGCUGUCAGACCCUCAGCUGUUUGAAGCCCAGUUUGAGGAGCUGGUGACGGAGCUCACAGAAAGGGACCUCACCGACCCUGUGCUGACUGACGCUCUGAGCAGAUUGAGAGAGGUUUUGGUGUACAAUUCUCCUGGAGGCAAGAGGAACCGUGGCCUGUCUGUGAUUGGCUCACUGAGAGAGCUUCUCCCACCCACUCAGCUCACGCAGGACCUUGUGCAGCGGGCUCUGUUGGUUGGAUGGUGCAUUGAGUUGCUUCAAGCAUUUUUCCUCGUGGCAGAUGAUAUCAUGGAUGCAUCUGUGACUCGGAGAGGACAGCCCUGCUGGUACAAGAAGGAUGGAAUAGGUCUGGACGCCAUCAAUGACUCAUUCCUCUUGGAAGCGUCAAUCUACAGACUACUUCGCAGGCAUUGCAGGGAUCAGCCGUACUACGUCCACCUACUGGAGCUAUUUACUGAGACAUCUUUCCAAACAGAGCUCGGCCAAGCUCUGGACCUGAUGACAGCCCCUCCUGGUCAGAUUGACCUCAACAGAUUCACCAUGGAGAGGUAUAAAGCUAUUGUAAAAUACAAAACGGCUUACUACUCUUUUUACCUCCCAGUGGCAGCUGCAAUGUACAUGGCAGGAAUCAACAGUGAAGAGGAACACAACAAUGCCAAACACAUCUUACUUGAGAUGGGAGAGUUUUUCCAAAUACAGGAUGACUACCUAGACUGUUAUGGUGACCCUGCUGUGACAGGAAAGAUUGGUACAGACAUCCAGGAUAACAAAUGCAGCUGGCUGGUAGUGACAGCCCUGGAAACCAUGACCCCUGAACAGAGAGCAGAGCUGGAGGCAUGUUACGGACGCCACGAUGAGGCCAGUGUAGAAAAGGUCAAAGCACUGUACAACACACUGCAAAUGCCAACACUGUACCAAAAAUAUGAAGAUGAGAGCUACCAGCGGCUAAAGAAACUCAUCACUUGUCAUGCUCAAAACCUUCCUCACUCAGUCUUCCUCAACUUUGCCAAGAAAAUCUACAAGAGAAACAAGUGAGAGGGAAUGAUGGUCUUUGAAAGUUAUAUAAGCAAUGUCAGGUGCAUCAGCAUCUUUUUGACAUUUAUCAUGAUGCACAAAUGAACUGCUACUCUUUUGAAAACGGGUUUGCCAGGGACAGGGCUCUGACUCCAACAGCAUGGCCCGACCAGGACAUUGAUAUCUAAAAAAAUCUUGCAGGCAGUUUCUUAAUUUUUCAGUGAUUUGUAGAUAUUUGGAUGUGAAUGUCAUCAAAUAGCCCGUCUUUUUGGUACUAUUUAUUGAACUCAGUGCAUCAUGGACAGUGUAGCCGUCUAGAACGAUGACUUUGGAUGGAAUCACACAUGGAUUGAUCUAAAUUUCGUAUUUAAAUCAAAUGAUAUAGUGAACAUAGUGGUUUUGUAGAAACUGGUUUAUUAAUUGCUAAUAAACUAAAAGGGACAGUACAUAUAUGGCAGUGGACGUAUCCUGUUUGAGCACAGAGGGUCAGGUCUGAUCAGCUGUCUUAAUUCCAUAUAUUUUUAUAUUGGUCAUGGAUCUUAUUGCUUUUAAUAAAUAAUAUAUGC